GCGUAUCGUGUGACAAACGCACGUCAAAAAAUCCAAACGUUCGCUUGUGCCGGUGAAAAGUGGACCGGGAAACUCCCCGGGCGGCGGGGAGGCCAGCGCGAUGGCAGCCCGUGCCGAAGAGCUCCAUCUGCCGGCGCGUAACGGUGACAAAGCGAGUGUGGGUCAGGAUUCGGCCAACGGGUAUCUACUGCGGACAGACGGGAUCGAAGGUGUGAUGGUCGUGAUGGAACCGGCCCGGGACAUUGAAGCGUCCGGGCCGUUGUUGCUGCGUAAUUCAACCCCCGAUCGGUCACCCGUACCGGUGGUGGUGAGCUUCGGCGGGCCCGGAAUGGCCACCAAAACCAGCACAACGUUGGCGACGGCAUCGGGCCACGGCCGGGGCAGUGCUAGUGGUGCGGGUCCUGCCGGGGGGAAAAAUCCUCGCAGCAUUACACCGAGCCGAUGGAGCUUGGUGGGACCGAGAUUGUCGGCAAUAUUCGGGAGACCGACUAUGCUAGUCGUGGGUGUCCUGAUUGGUGUCCUGCUGGUGUAUCUCGUCGGGCGCUAUCAAGCGCUGGAAGGAGACCAAUGUGGUCGCGAUUCGUACGGGCCUGGAUGCGCGGAUCCUGACACGAGAACGGGCAACAUUUGCCUCACGGACGAGUGCGUCCGGACAGCAUCGUCCCUGCUAGCCGCCAUGGAUCGGACGGCGGAUCCGUGCAAGGACUUCUUUCAGUUCGCGUGUGGUACGUGGAACAGGAUGCACGUGAUACCGGAGGAUCGAAGCUCUAUCAGCACGUUCGAGGUGCUUGCAGAUCAGCAGCAGGCAAUACUGAAGGGCGUCCUGGAAGAGCCAGUCAACAAGGAGGACAACCGGGCGACAAAAAAGGCGAAAGCUUUCUACAAAAGCUGCAUGAACUUGGAGCAAAUCCGCAAACGUGACGUGCAGGCGUUGCGGAAAUCGCUACAAAAACUAGGCGGAUGGCCCGUGAUCGAGAAGAACUGGACAGUGCCAAAUAGCACCAUCGAGCAUUUGCUUGGGAAGCUGACGGGCGAGUACGACGAGCCGGGACUGGUCGAGCUGUACGUUGGUGCGGACGACAAGAACUCCUCGAUGAACAUCAUACAGGUUGAUCAACUGCUGUUGGCGUUACCGUCGCGCGAUUACUACCUGAAGGAGAGCAGCGAGGGCGACAUGAAGGCGUACCACCGGUACAUGACACAGAUCGCGAUCCUGAUGGGCGCGGACAAGGACAAAGCGGCCGAGGAGCUGCAGCGGAUCGUCGAGUUUGAGGUGCGGCUUGCAAACGCCACCCUGCCGGAGGCCGACCGGCAUGAUACGAGUGCCAUUUACACGAAGAUCACUCUGCCAGAGCUGCAGCGGCGUGUACCGCAGAUUAACUGGAAGGAGUACCUACAGACGACACUUGGUGCGGUGGAGCUGCACCCGAACGAGUCGAUCGUGAGCUAUGCGAUGCCGUAUCUGGUGGAGUUGGGCAAGAUACUGCGUGACACAGAUCGGCGAAUCGUGCACAACUACGCCAUCUGGCGGCUGGUGAUGUCGAUCAUGACGCACAUGAUCGAUGACUAUCAGAAGGAGCGCGUCGAGUUCCGGCGGAAACUUCUUGGCAUCCAAUCGGAACGGAACCGGUGGUCACAGUGUGUUGAGUGGACGAACAAGAAGCUUGGAAUGGCUGUAGGUGCCCUCUUCAUAAGGGAUAACUUUAACCAAGAGAGCAAGGAGACAGCCCUCACGAUGAUUCACACGAUCCGGGAGGCGUUUAACGAGCUGCUGGCGGACAUCGACUGGAUGGACGAUGAGACGCGAGCGGUCGCGAAGGAGAAAGCGGAUGCGAUGAACGAGCGGAUCGGUUAUCCUGACAUCCUGACGAAUGCGGACGAGCUCGAGAAGGAGUACGUUAAUCUCACGAUCCACGGAGAGGUUUUUUUGGAGAACAUUUUGAGUAUCUUGAAGUGGGAAGCUGAACGGAAUUUGCAGUUGUUGCGCAAACCGGUCGACAAGAACAAGUGGGCAACGGAGCCUGCUGUCGUAAAUGCGUUCUACAACCCCAACAAAAACGAUAUUGUUUUUCCGGCUGGUAUCCUGCAGCCAUUGUUCUACAGCCAGAACUUCCCAAAAUCGCUCAACUACGGUGGCAUCGGUGUGGUGAUCGGGCACGAGAUCACGCACGGUUUCGACGACAAAGGUCGCCAGUUCGAUAAGGAUGGCAACAUGAUGCAGUGGUGGAAUAACGCCACCAUUAAGACAUUCCGCGAGCGGGCUCAGUGCAUCAUCGAUCAGUAUUCGCGCUACAAAAUCGACGAAGUCGGUCUCUAUAUGGAUGGUCGGAUGACGCAGGGCGAGAAUAUCGCCGAUAACGGUGGUCUUAAGCAGUCCUAUCGGGCCUACCGGAAGUGGGUGAGCCAGCAUGGCUCGGAAGCGGACCUGCCUGGUCUGAACAUGACACACGACCAGCUGUUCUUUCUCAACUACGCCCAGAUCUGGUGCGGUUCGAUGCGCCCGGAGGACGCUCUCACCAAGAUACGCUCGUCGGUACACUCGCCGGGCAUAAUACGUGUGGUUGGGCCACUGUCCAACUCCCGGGACUUUGCGGAGGCGUACCGGUGUCCGCUCGGGUCGCCCAUGAACCCCGUCAGCAAGUGCAGUGUGUGGUAAGCACGGGCUGCCGGGGUUUCGCUUUCUGUUUGUUUUAUUUUGUAACUGUAAUAACAUUACGAUAAUUAUUAUCGCUACUCUUAUGAUUGCUGUAACUACUAUCAGUUUCGUACAAAACGCACAUAUCAACAGUUGAAUAGUUGAGCUAUG